AUAUUAAUUGCAAUUGUAAUUGUAAUUGCUAUUUAAAAAUUUAUAUCUGAUUUUCAUGGUCGUGUGGAUUUACAAAAUAUUAUUUCGAAUUAUUUGACUGAAUAAAAAACAUAUCAGAGAGCUAUCUGAUUAUAAAGGGUUAGUUGAUUCAAUUAAUCAUUCCAUACAUCAUCACAUCCACAUCAUAAAUGGCUGAUAGGAACAAUAAUCAAGCUGGGGAGAAUAAACCAAUCCAGGAUCCUACUACCAGUGUGCAAGGUGGGGCACCUCCAGCACAACAAAGACAACCACAGCCAAAUGCUCGAACUGCUAGAGUCCAACAACCUCAAUUCUCUCAAGCAGAUUUGAAUAAAAUCGUGUUGGAAUAUCUUAAUAAGAAGGGUUAUCAUAAGACUGAAUCAAUGUUAAGAUUGGAAAGUUCGAAUACUCCAACACCAGCAGUGCCUGCUGUGAAUCCAUCAAAUUCAAAAUUGGCUAGUCCUAGUGAGAUUGAAUCUGCAAAUUUAAAACGAGAAAAGGAUUUGAAAGAUAAAGUAACUAAAACUGAAAGAGAGUUGCGAGACUUAAGAGAUAGACAAGUGAAGAUAGAACGAGAAUUGAGAGAAACAAGAGAUAGAGAAAUAAGAUUAUCUAAAGAGAAAGAUUUACGUGAUUUAAAGGAUUUAGAAGAGAAAAUGAAACGUGAAAAUGAUCCUUCAAUAUAUUUUACAGCUUAUAGAAUGUUAAGAAAAUGGGUAGAUACUUCUUUGGAUCUUUAUAAACCGGAAUUAACAAGAGUAUUAUAUCCUUUAUUUGUUCAUUGUUUCUUAGAAUUGAUUUCAAAGAGCUUUUUAACAGAAGCCAAAGAAUUUUUUGAUAAAUUUAAUUCAGACCAUUCCAUCUUACAUGGCUUAGAAGUCAAUCAACUAGCAGGAAUAUCUUUACCUGAACAUCUUAAAGAAAAUGAGUUGGCAAUUGCCUUUAGAGAUAACAAAUAUAAAAUUAUUGUCUCCAAAACAUCAAUGAAUUUAUUAUUAUAUUUUUUACACGAAAAUGAAGCUGUUGGUGGAGCAAUUUUAAUCAGAAUUAUAAAUCAAUACUUAGAUGCAGUGAUAUCAACCACAAGACCUGAUAAACAAAAUGAAGAAGGUGCAUCAAAUCCAGAGGAAGGUAUUCCAUCUUUUGUUGCUCGUACAAAUGAAAUUGAAAAGUUUAAUGAGCAACCUGUCAAAUUAGGAAAAUAUCCUUUGGAUCCAGAAGUUCAAAAAGAAAUAGAAGCAGAAUUGAAAAUAAAAGAUGAGCAAAUAGAACCAGUUAAUGGUAAAACCUUGGUUUCGGAAUUCCAAGAAAUGACUAAACCAGAAGCGGAUUCACCUGCAAGAGAGACAUUACCAUUACCUUUAAAGGAUUCUUCCGAUAUCAAACGUAUGAUUUUGGAAGUUGAAGAUUCACGUUCAAAGAUCAAAUUAGGAACUAUCCAAGCUUCUUCACCAUCGGUUUGUAUGUAUACAUUCCAUAAUAGUAUUAAUGAAAUGACAUGUAUAAAUUUCAAUGAAGACUCCAAUAUGGUGGCCACUGGUUUUCAAGACAGUUAUGUUAAAUUAUGGACCUUGGAUGGAAACCCAUUGAAGUCUGUAUUCAAGAAAGAUCGUUAUAAUAAUGAUAACUCGAGGAAAUUAAUAGGUCAUAGUGGUCCAGUUUAUGGAGUGUCAUUCUCCCCAGAUAAUCGUUUUUUAAUUUCAGGUUCAGAAGAUAAAACAGUGAGAUUAUGGUCUCUAGAUACUUAUACCGCUUUAGUGUCGUAUAAAGGUCAUACUCAACCAAUUUGGGACGUUAAAUUUUCACCAUUAGGACAUUAUUUUGCUACCGCUUCCCAUGACCAAACUGCAAGAUUAUGGGCAACAGAUCAUAUAUACCCAUUGAGAAUAUUUGCAGGACAUAUUAAUGACGUUGAUUGUGUUGAAUUCCAUCCUAAUUCAAACUAUGUUUUCACUGGUUCAUCUGAUAAGACGUGUCGUAUGUGGGAUGUUCAAAGUGGGAAUUGUGUUCGUGUGUUUAUGGGUCAUAGUGGUGCUGUUAAUUGUAUGGCUGUCUCUCCAGAUGGUAGAUGGUUAGCUAGUGCUGGAGAGGACAGUGUAGUUAAUAUCUGGGAUGCUGGAUCUGGUAGAAGGCUAAAGACUAUGAAAGGGCACGGAAGAUCUUCAAUUUAUUCCUUGGCAUUUUCUAAAGACGGUGGAGUAUUGGUUAGUGGUGGUGCUGAUAAUUCUAUAAGAGUUUGGGAUGUCAAAAGAAACACAAAUGAUGCAGGUCCAGAACCAGAAGUCUUUUCAACUGAAAAUGGUAGUGCCAAUGAUAGAUCAAAGGCGGUCGGCGUAAAUAAAAAGGAAAUUAUCGCUAGUAGUGAUCAUAUGACAGCAUAUUUUACGAAAAAGACGCCUGUGUACAAAGUUCAUUUUACAAAGCGUAAUUUAUGUCUUGCUGGGGGGGUUUUUGUAAAGUAGUUAGUCUUGUAUUAUUCAAAUGUAUUUUUACUAUUUUUAGAAACCACGUAUUGUAGGCAUGGCUCCUAUUUUUACAUUUUGAAAUAAUAAGGGCUGCAUGUACCGGUUAAGUAUCUAGAUCAAAUAAACUUCUAAAAAUAAGGCAAUUCGUGUUGUUUAUAAACUUUAUUUUUUUACUUCUUUUUAUUAUAAAUAACUCAAAGAACGUAAUAUGAACCACAUGUAACGAUCAGUCUGAGGUGUCUUUAAGUAAACAGAAAUAUAAAGUU